AUGUCCGCCGUCUACCUCCCAAGCCUGACCUUCUCCGCCCCCAACUCGGCGCCCUCCUCCCGCGCCGCCUCCCGCGCCGCCUCCAUCAUCACGCCUGCUGCUGCGUCGCGCGCGCCGAGUGUCAAGGCGGUGGCGGCCAAGCCGAAGGGGGAGAAGAAGAGCCUCAAGAGCAGGGUUAAGAGCAUGCUGAGUAGGGGGACUGAGGAGGGAUGA